CGUCAUGACGGCAGAUGUGCGGUCGUGAGUGUUUCCAUUCCACCGCCAGCGCCUUCCACCAACUACUCACGGACACCGCACGUCAGAGGCUCUCCCCCUUGUCAUGGCGCCACCGAUUCCAGAGAACUCAUUGCGGCAAUUCUACGGGCGUGACCUGGCGCUGGACGCACUCGUCGCCAACCUUCGCCAGCGCGACGACCCGGUCAUGUUUCGCGAGUACACGUUGGAUUUGACAAAACCGAUCGCGGACUCGGUGUUUGAAGUGGCCAAGCCGAAGCGAAGGUCGUUUGUCGCCAAACUCACGUCGAGACAAGCUGAGAUGUCGUUGUUUCACCACAUGAACAAUCCAGACAUCCCCGGUGUCCCGGACUACAUCGUCGAGUGGGAAACGUUUGGUGAUGUAGCAUUUGAAGGACUUGGAGCGUGCCACGUCGUCGUGAUGAAAAAGUCGACGAGUGUGAAGGCGCUCUUCGCAGGAAAGCAAGCCCAAGACCUCUUUUGGGCCAAAGUGCAAUGCGUUCAAAGCGUCGCCAGCGCUCUCAAGUUUCUGCACAGCCAAGGAUACAUUCACGGUAACUUUACGCUCGACCAUGUUGUGUUCGACAACUACAGGGCGAAGCUCCUGGGAUUUGGCAACGCGACGCAGAUCAACCGAGAGAUGGAGCUGUACUGCACGCCCGAAUAUUGUCCGCCGGAAAUGGCCACGCGGCUCGUCGACGGCGACGACUACCUGCAGCCACUGAUCGCGAGCGAUACAUACGACGUGUGGGGCAUGGGAGUCGGCAUCCUCAAGCUGUUUUCCCCUCUGAUGCAACUCAAAGAGUUUAUGAAUCUGACAAACGAAGAGAUUUUGAUGGCGAUUGCCCAUCCGUCGUUCAACUUGGAAGCGAGCAUCGCCGCCUGUGGCCUCAACACGUCCCAAAAGAACCACCUGCGCCGCCUCCUCGACCCGAAUCCGGCGACGAGAGGCACUCUCGACGACCUGGACAACCUCAUCCCGAAAAACGUGACGACUCCCAGCCACACGUCGGCCGACGUGACUGUUCAAAUGGAAAAGUACAAAGUGCCGUGUCUGUGGGGCGUGGAAGAAAAGAACGGCGUCGGGUUCAUCUCGACGGUGGAGAAGAUCUUGCUGCGAACGGAAUUCCGCCUGACGUUCUACUGCGAAAUGCGCGGGCCCGACCUCAAGUGCGAGCCGUUCGACGACAUCAACUGCGACAAGCUCGUGUUCAAGGUCAAUCACGAAGUCGUGCGCAAGCUCAUCCCGGUGUUGCGCGUCACGUGCGGCUUGUUCAAAAUCCUGGGGCUGCUGGCGGAGGCGGCGACGAACGCGGUCGACGUGUUUUCGAUACCAGACAGCGCAUACACCAACCUCACGGCCGCCGUCCACGCGCUGGAGACGGUCGAAAAGAAUGUGCAAAAGCUCAACGUCGAAGACAAGCUCGAGAAGGUUGUGAAUGUGCUCGAGGGAGACAGCAACGUCAGCGCCGACAUGCUCGAGCAAGCGGCCAAGACAACCCAAGCAACGUUUGACGCGUUCCGAAACGACGACGAGUUGUACGAAAAGCUGCUCAGCUUGCUCUCGACCAUCCAGUACAACUGGCAGGAACAUCGCAUUGUCGGUGGCCUUGUCAAAAAGGUGUACAGGUCUGGAAUCAAUGCUGGCCAGCUCCGCUGGAUGUGCAGAGCCCAUGCCGAGCGCGACGCGUCGCUCUUGUACGACGGCGCACUUCCAUCGUAAAUAUCUCCGCCAUGCCACCCUCGACUCGAGUGCGUGUUGUCCGCUGGACACGGCUCCGGUUCGUGGCGCUUUGGCCCCCGUCUUUGCCAUGGUGUUUGAAACAUGUCGACCUUUUGUGUGAUAAGUAGCAACCAUCCAUC